GGCGAUAUCAUUAAAGUGACCCCGAGCUCCAAGGUGGUGGGCGACCUGGCUCAGUUCAUGGUCCAGAAUCAACUGUCCGCUCGCGAUGUCGAGGACAGGGCCGAAGAGUUGAGUUUCCCGUCAUCGGUGGUCGAGUUUAUGCAGGGAUUCAUUGGCGAGCCGUACGGAGGCUUCCCGGAGCCGCUCAGGAGUAAGAUAUUGAAGGGUUUGGCGCCGAUUAGGGGUCGACCGGGACAGCACUUACCGCCGAUAAACUUCGUGCAGCUCAGGGACGAGUUGAUCGAAAAACACGGCGAACCCGUCAGUGAUUACGACGUGAUGUCGUCGGCCAUGUAUCCCAAAGUGUGCGACGAGUUCAUCGACUUCCGGCGCGAGUUCGGACCCGUCAGCCUAUUUGACACCAGAAUAUUCCUCACCGGACCUAAAGUGGGCGAAGAGUUUGAGGUGACACUCGAGAAGGGAAAGGUGUUGCACAUCACAACUCUAGCCGUGUCCGAGACGCGCACCGAUACCGGGGAACGGGAGGUGUUCUUCGAACUUAAUGGUCAAUUGAGAAGUUUUCUCGUCAAAGACAAAUCCGUCGCUAAAGAACUGAAGUCUAAUCCGAAAGCCCUGAAGGGCGUGAAGGGGUCGGUGGGCGCCCCUAUGCCGGGCACUGUCAUCGAAGUGCGCGUCCAGGAGGGCGACAAAGUAGAGAAGGGACAACCGUUGAUAGUGUUGUCGGCCAUGAAGAUGGAAAUGAUAGUGCAGUCGCCGAUCGCCGGAACCGUUAAGAAGAUAUACGCCUCGAAAGACAUGAAACUGGAGGGCGACGACCUCGUGAUGGACAUCGAUGUCGACUGA